AACAGCAUCUUGAGGAAACGGUUUCAGAACAGUCAAGCUCAGGAACAACUGAAAACUGCCUUCCAAACAAAUCAUUUUCCAGAGUCUGAUGUUCGAAGAAUGAUGGCUGAAACCUAUAGCAUCCAGCGAGCAGCAAUCAACAGAGGAAACUCCAUCAGCAAGUUAUUAGAAGACUGGCCUUUUCUCUUUGAAGCAAUCCACCUGUUUGAUCACACAACCACCCUUCUUGGCUUCCCAGUACAAACCAGACUGGCAGAGGAAUUGUCAAAGAAAGAAAAGACAAUAAAGGACUUCCUUGGGUCCAGAGGGGUGGAUAUUCCAGGAAGUGAUGCUGUCCAGGUGAUUAGUGGAAUCGCAAAAUUCUUCAAGGAGAAACCAGCCCAACUAUUUUGUCAAAAUGAGCUGCUGCAUCCAGAGAGUCCUGAUCUUGACCUGCCAAGCACCCCAUGCAUCUUUAUAAUGGGUGAACAGCUUUUUAAAGUUGCUGUUGACCAAAUGAUUGUGAAUGACCACAUCAAGUCACCCAUCGCUGCCCUAAGCUACGCCUUCUCCAUGUUUUAUGUCUUGAACAUAAAAUAUCCAAAAGACAUGUCCCUGACACUGGAAUUUAUACAAAGAGUCUUUCUGGGCUUAAACCCCAAACGAGGGUCAAAGGCUGAAAUGAAGGGGAAGAAGCAUCAUCACAUUCCACCCCGACUGCUCAAGUUUGUAAAUGAACUGUAUGACUUUGACAGUCCAUGGAAAAUUUGAUUCUUGUAAAAGGUGAUGCUUCAUAAUGUUCUCUGUUAUGUUGACAGCAGUUCAGAAAAUAGUAGUUGGAUGUUGGUCCUUGUUUACACCUGUGAUUUUAAUCUUGUAAUGCAAAUUGCAAGAUUAAAAUUGUAU